CUUCAAGAAGUUCAACAUGGGCGACUACAUCUGGCGGACGUACACGGACGUGGAGCGCGAGGCGCGGCACUUCGGCGCGGGGCUGCGCGAGCUGGGCUGCCGGCCGCGCCAGAACCUCGUCAUGUUCGCCGAGACGCGCGCCGAGUGGAUGGUCGCGGCGCACGGCUGCUUCAAGCAGAGCAUCCCGGUGGUGACGAUAUACGCAACGCUUGGCGACGAGGCGAUCGCGCACGGCAUCAACGAGACAGAGGUGUCGACGGUGAUCACGACGCACGAGCUGCUGCCCAAGUUCCGCAAGAUCCUGGCCAAGACGCCGCGGGUCGACACCAUCGUGUUCAUGGAGGACCAGCUGCAGAAGACCGACCGCGACGGGUUCAAGCCCGGCAUACGCAUCGUGGCCUACAAGGAGGUCGUCGAGAUGGGCGCUAAUUCCAAAAUCGAGACGGUGCCUCCCUCGCCGUCGGAUACGGCCAUCGUGAUGUAUACGUCAGGCUCCACAGGCGUGCCCAAGGGCGUGGUGCUGUCCCACCGCAACAUGAUUGCCACGCUCAAGUCCUUCGCCGACGCCGUGCCCAUCAGAGAAGACGACAUCCUGAUGGGCUUCCUGCCUCUUGCCCACGUCUUUGAAUUAUUGGCUGAGAGCAUCUGCAUCAUUGCUGGCGUCCCUAUCGGCUACUCGACGGCGCUGACGAUGCUGGACUCGUCCAACAAGAUCAUGAAGGGCACGAAGGGCGACGCCACCACGCUGCAGCCGACCUGCCUCACCACCGUACCGCUGAUCCUGGACCGCGUGAGCAAGGGCAUCACGGACAAGGUGUCGAAGAGCGGCGAGUUCGCGGGCGCCUUCUUCCGCUGGGCCUACUCCUACAAGCAGGCCUGGAUGCGCCGCGGCUACGACACGCCCAUCCUCAACCAGCUGAUGUUCAGCAAGGUACGCGGCUUGCUGGGCGGGCGGCUGCGGCUGCUGCUGUCGGGCGGCGCGCCGCUGUCGCCCGACACGCACGCGCAGCUGCGCAUCUGCCUGUGCUGCGACGUCGUCACCGGCUACGGGCUCACCGAGACCACCUCCUGCGCCACCGUCAUGGACUUCGCCGACAGGUCGACGGGCCGCGUGGGCGCGCCCACCACGGGCACAGACAUCAAGCUCGUUAAUUGGGAGGAGGGCAACUACCGCGUCACCAACAAGCCCUUCCCGCAGGGUGAGAUCGUGAUCGGCGGCGAGUCGGUGGCGGAGGGCUACUACAAGAACCCCGAGAAGACGAAGGAGGAGUUCGUGGAGGCCGACGGCAUGCGCUGGUUCAAGUCCGGCGACAUCGGCGAGCUGCACCACGACGGAUGCAUCAAGAUCAUCGACCGCAAGAAGGACCUGGUGAAGCUGCAGGCGGGCGAGUACGUGUCGCUGGGCAAGGUGGAGGCCGAGCUCAAGACGUGCGCGCUGGUCGAGAACAUCUGCGUCUACGGAGACUCCACCAAGACCUACACCGUCGCGCUCGUCGUGCCGCACCCGCAGCGCUUGCAGGAGCUGGCGGCGCGCGAGGGGCUGCCGCCGAUGGAGUUCGAGCAGCUGUGCCGCGCGCCCGCCGUGGAAAAGGCCGCGCUGCGCGAACUCGCCGACCACGCGCUCAAGUGCGGUCUGGAGCGCUUCGAGGUGCCGCUGGCCGUGAAGCUGGUGACGGAGGUGUGGUCGCCCGACAUGGGGCUGGUCACGGCCGCCUUCAAGAUCAAGCGCAAGGACAUACAGGAGCGCUACAAGGACGACAUCAAGCGCAUGUAUGCGUCCUGAGCGCAACACCUUCUGUUUACCGCCGCCCGCCCCGCGGACUGAGAUUAAAGUAGUGCAGGGAUGGCGAACCAAUGGCACGCGCCACAAUAUUUAGGGCACGCCCACCUAUCACAAAAUCUACUAUAUAAAAAUAAGUCGGGUUUUCCUCCCUGACGCUAUAACUCCAGAACGCACGAACCGAUUUCCACGGUUUUGCACUCGUUGGAAAGGUCUCGGUCUCCGUGAAGUUUAUAGCAAAGAAAAUUCAGGAAAAAUUUCAACAGAAAAGCGGUAAGAGGGUAAAACGGGAUCCACGCGUACGAAGUCGCGGGCGACCGCUAGUUCACUAUAAAAUAAUGUGUUUUAUACAUAUAAGGGCUAUCGUAUUUGCCCUCAUCAGUUAGUGCCACUGUUGAGUAAAGUCAUGUCACUCGCCAGUGGCACCACUUGUACUAUACCCCUCAUUGAUAGCAUUAGGUGAUAUUUGAUGGCACGUCUAAGACUUUAUCAAGCAUUUUUUUCGGAAGUGGCACGUUGAUACAUAAAGGUUCGCCAUCCCUGAAGUAGUGUAACGUUCGUGUGGAUCCAAUAUCCCGGCGCUAGGUGUGAAGAUAUUAUUAUUCUCCUGUUGUUAUUUUACUGAAUUCGGCGGCCUGGACCGCGCGGUGCCGCGUGGGCUCUGGGCUCUCGAGCUAUAGAAUGGAUGGACUGACUGGAAAUUUGCCUAGCCUUUGAGCGUUUGUUUAUAAAUAGAUAAGUACGUCGAUAAGGAUUCAGCUAAUAAUUAAGAUUCGUCAACCCGAUCUUGUACUUAUUUAUGUAAACGAAUGCUCAACUGAAAUGUGUGCGCCAUUUUUGAGAAUGUUUUAAACAGAAUUCUGAAAAUUACAUUGGUUUAAAUUAGAUGAUGUAAGUUUUGUGGGGCGGGUCGCUUACGCCCGGGCCGCGGCCGGGCUUGUAGAUGUAAAUGUAAAUUAUGUAUUUAUUGUUCGCGAGAGUAGCCGCAACGAGUCGCAUCACACGCCGACGGCGAGUUACGUUUCUGUAUUUAGUUUCGCUAAGACUUGUACAUAUUUGUUUCGUUCUAAAUACUGUAGUUGCUACUUUUGGGAUGCGAAAUUGCGCGAGUGCGGAUGGAUGGUGUUUUAUUAUUAACUAUAGUUGAAUUUUGUCUCGAAUCAGUAGUUUUCGUAUUUAAAAGACAAACUGUCAAAACUACUGAGUCGAACUAUAAAUCCGAGAUUAGAUCUGAUCGAGUGGGCACAUUCGUGCGAGUGGAUGCGUGCGUGUGUACAUUGGGGACAUGAAAAUUUUGUAGAUAUUGGCCUAGCGUCUCUAGUGUACGAUAGUGGUCGUAUGAAGCUCUUAAACUAAUCGAUUAGUACUUAGAGGUAUGGGGUUACGUUUACCAAGUAAUGUAAUAUUUGCAAUAAUAAGUUUUCGUUAUUUUGAUUGUGCGCGGGAGUGCAGCGAUGAGCCAAAUGGUUAGUAGUUAGUGCGCCGGCCAGCCACGCGGUGCGGUGCACUGCAGUGUAAGCUGGCCGCGCGCUCGGCAGUGUACGGCCAGCGUGCGGAGCACUGCAGUGUAGGCUGGCCGCGCUCGGCAGUGUAGGCCGGCGCCGGCGCGAGCUAGUCAGAAUACUUCGAAUGUCGUAACAUUUCCUUCUCUGACCGCAUUUCGCUGAGCAUUUACGACCUUUAUACACAAUCCUUGCAUGUAUAUUUACACAUUUAACUUAUAUUAUAUGUGAUCAGUAGUACUGUUCGUUACCUGAUUACGAUCAUGGAUUCCAUAUAAAUAAUAAAUGUCAUAAUAAUAUUGUAACAUUGUGUGUUACUGUAAUAGGUAGCAUCAUAAUAUUUUUCUAUAAAUAUAGGAAGUUUCGAAAUUAAUUCAAGUUAUUAACUGAAUGUGAAUCAUUACUGUUAAUAAGUAGGAGUUACUUGCUCAGUUAAUGUGACUGUACUUUGUGUUUGAAAUUAAAUAUUGCAACUGAGAAACAAUUUUGUAUUAUUUAUUCAAUAAAUGUUAAUAAAAUCAUUA